UAAAAAGCCUUCUUAGCAUCGCUUGUCAAAAGGUUAAAAAUAUAACAUGAAGCUGCUCGCACUUGUCAGUCUUCUCUGCUAUUUGUCUUGCCGAGUUUCUGCAGAUAAUGAGUUUAAAGGACUUCACGUGUUUGAAUUCAACAACAGCACGUACGAAGUUAUUGACGCAUACGUGACCUGGUACGAGGCCAAUUACGCUUGCAAACUGUUCGGAAUGUUCUUGGUGAGCGUCGAAACGGAAGAAGAGGACGCUGCACUUAGACAAGCUAUAGUCGAUUACGUUGCUGAUGAUUUCUGGACGUCGGGAAAUAAUCUUUUCGACUUGGGCCAUUUUUAUUGGGACACGACGGGACGUGCUUUGGGGCCUUUCACGAACUGGGCCGAGAACCACCCCGACGGAGGCGCUCAAAAUUGCAUCAGCCUCAACGGUUCCUUUGGACACAAAUGGACGGACAGAUUUUGCUCCAAUUCUGCCAGAUUCAUUUGUGAAAAGGCGCCGUGCUCUUAAAAUAUAAAUAGGAGUGUCACAAGAAUAAAUGUAAUAAAAUUGUAGAAAUGAAAAUAUAAAUACAAAAUGUAAAUAUUUAAGUACAUAAUUAUUGCCAGUUCCUUUUAAAUAUUUUUUUAUUAUAAGUAUGUUAUA